UUAGUUUUAGUUGGUAGAACUGGUUCUGGUAAGAGCAGCUUGGGAAACAGUCUUCUUUGCCCUUCCGGUUCUGAAAAACCAUUUAAAUCGGAAAAAUCGGCAAACUCUAUCACUACACAAUGUCAACUAGCAAGAGCUAUCUUAAAGGACGGUACUCUAUUAACCAUAGUCGAUACUCCGGGUUUAUUCAACAUUUAUACCCCGAACGAAAUAACUAUAAAGAAAAUAGUUAAAUCUAAAACAAUCUGUGCACCUGGACCUCACGUCAUAGUAUUUGUUUUGGAUUUGAAAAGAUUUAUAAUAGAGGAGAUCGAAACCAUGGAAAUUUUGAAAAAGUUAUUCGGUACAGACGCCAUGAAACAUAUCAUUGUUGUGAUUACUGGUAAAGACAAA